UUAGCCCCCUUACACAACAAGAACAAAGAAGAGCAAAAGCAAAAAACGAAACAGAGCAGUAGUAUGAAUAUUCCUGCAAGAGUUGCAGAAAAAUUCCCGCUUCGUUCUGCUCGUCCCCCUCUCCAAGGUGUUUCGGGUAUUGGGUUUGUGCCAUUUUUUACCCAGAAAAGGAAAUUUGGAGUUGGGUUUCCAAAAAAAAUGGCUUGGAGUUUGGAUAAAUGCGAUGUCGACGUUGAUAACAAGUUGGGGGUGGUUCGGCCUGCCACCGAACUGUAUUCCAAGGAAGCGGUUGAAGCCCUCAAAGCCGGAAAAGUUAUUGCAGUGCCUACGGAUACACUCUAUGGAUUUGCUUGUGAUGCUUGCUCUUUGGAAGCAGUUAAUAGGAUUUAUGAAAUCAAAGGACGAAAGCACACAAGCCCUCUGGCAAUUUGUGUUGGGGAUGUAUCAGACAUAAAGCACUUUGCAGUCACUGACCACCUGCCUCAUGGCUUACUUGAUUCUCUACUUCCAGGGCCUGUUACUGUUGUAUUAAGUAGAGGGGAGUUGAGUGCACUUGAGAAGUCGUUGAAUCCUGGUUUGGACAGUGUGGGAGUCAGAGUGCCUGAUUGCAACUUCAUCAGGGUAAUUGCUCGUGGUUUGGGAAGAGCAGUGGCUCUCACAAGUGCAAACCUUAGUGGACAGCCGAGUAGUGUUUGCAUCAAGGAUUUUGAGAAACUAUGGGAACAUUGUGCAUACGUUUAUGAUGGUGGUGUACUUCCAUCUGGUCGUGCUGGAUCAACAGUUGUGGAUCUCAGUAGGCUAGGAAAGUACAAGAUUCUUAGACCUGGAAGUGCAAAAGAAGAGACUGUGACGAUCCUUGACAAGCAUUCUCUGGUUGAGGAAGCCGCUGCUGUUUGAAGAAAUGUUGGAAGUGAAAAUUUUAUAAUAUUUUAUUGAUUUGCUGCAACUGUAACUGUGCAUCAAUUGUAUUUUAUUGGACUUGGAUGUAAGCUUAAGUUCUGUUGAUGUUCCACUGAGUUUUUGAUAUUCUUAGUAGAUAAUUCUUGUAGAAGACUCUUGUGAGUUGACAGAAAUGAAAUUACUUAAUUAUGAUUAGUGUA